AUGUCGCAUAUAUCACCGAACAAGAACAAGCCUAAGUCUGUAAAUUUUCGAAUAUUCAAGAAGAAGGCGAGGAUGUUUUUUUGGGUACAAAGGGUUAAUGUACAAAGGGUUAAUUUAUGUAUACUAUACGUUAUCACGUCAAUACAGUACUAUUGUUAUGUUACACUACGCAUCCAAAUUGCCACUGAAAAAAAUCGACAAAGUUGUACCGUCUCUUCUGUCUCAAAGGCCGAGCCCCAGGAGGGAAUCUGCCAAAGCAUCAACGGCAAGCGGUGUCGUUGGUCGAAGGGAAAGGUGCUGGGUGGUAGUUCGGUGCUCAACGCGAUGAUACACCUGUUCGGCAACGAUCGCGACUACAACACGUGGUCCGAGCUCGGCAACGAGGGUUGGAGCUACGAGGAGGUGCUCCCCUACUUCAGAAAGUUCCUAAACUGUCCAUGGGAGCACGUGUUGAAGUACGGCCGCAGACACUGCGCAACAGGUGGCCCGAUGAACGUCAGAAGCUACAACUAUACGCUGUCGAGUGACAUAGUCCUGGACGCGGUGCGCGAGUUAGGGCUGGACGUGCUCGAGCCUCUGAUCGGCGAUCGUUACGUGGGAUUCGGACGAAUGAUGGCCACUCUGGACGAAGGGCGUCGCAUGAGUGCCGCGAGAGCCUUCCUCUCGCCGAUCAAACACAGGAAGAAUCUUCACGUGAUGAAGUCCGCCAGAGUGGACAGGAUCCUGCUGGAAAAUACCCGAGCAACUGGCGUCCGUGUCACGUUGAAGGACAACCGAUCGGUGGACGUCAAAGCGUCGAAGGAGGUGAUCCUCUCUGCGGGAAGCAUAGCCAGCCCCCAGAUACUGAUGCUCUCGGGGAUCGGGCCUAAGGAGCACCUGACAGAGAUGGGGAUAAGGACCGUGGUCGAUCUACCCGUCGGGGAGAACCUUCAGGAUCACGUCAGCUGGACCGGCACGCAGAUAGCCUUCGUGAACGAAUCCGUCAGCCCUCCAUCGCCGAACUUCAUGCAGGAUAUCGCUUACGAGUAUCUGAUCAACAGAUCCGGCGAUUUGGCCACUUUGGGGAUGAACCUGUUAGGCUUCGUGAACGUGAACCAUCCCCAGAGUCCCGAUUACUCAGACAUUCAGUUCCACGUCUUUCACGUUUCACGUUACCGCACGUUCGUGAUGGAUACUCUGACGACCCAACUUUUCGACCUAAACGACGAGGUAGCGACAGAAAUGAGGAAAACCCUCAUGGAGUCCGACGUUCUCUUUUUUCUCGCCGUUCUAUUGAAUCCUAAGAGCCGGGGAGCGAUCAAGCUGCGAAGCGCCGAUCCAGCCGAUCAGGUCAGGAUUUACUCGAAUUAUUUUCGCGAGAGGGAAGACUUGGAGACGUUGUUGAAGUCCGUGGACGUUGUCAAGUCGUUAGUGAACACCGAGACGAUGAGAAAGCACGGGAUGCGGCUGGUGGUGUUGGACAUUCCUGGAUGUAAGCACACUGUGCCCGAUUCCGUGGAGUACUGGGAGUGUAACGCGAGGAAUCUUGCGACCACGUUGUUUCACGCGUCUGGCACCGCUCGAAUGGGGCCGGCUGAUGAUCCGAGGAGCGUUGUCGACGCUCGGUUGAAAGUACACGGGAUCGAGAGGCUACGGGUGGUCGACGCCUCGAUCAUGCCGAACCUCGUCAGUGCGAACACGAACACGCCGACUAUGAUGAUCGCGGAGAAGGGAGCGGACUUGGUGAAAGAGGACUGGACGAAGAAAGAGCGUGUCGAACUUUAAUAGCUUGUUAGAUAGAUAGAUAAACAAUU